AUGUUCCGCAAGGCAAAGGGCAAGUGCGCGGUUGCCAUCCAACAUUUGUGCUCCAUCUGUGCAGUCUGCUGUCAGGGAACGAGGAAAGAGCCAUUUGCACCCCUCCCUCCUGCCGUUUUUGCGACCACUUUCUGCGGCCACACGAGGUUGGCCGUGCUAGGCCCUUUUCCAUUCAGGGCCCCAUCCUUCCUUCUGCAACAGCCACUCUUCUCCUUCAACCGCAUCGACCCGCGAUACCAGUCGUCUUCCACGGCCUACUGUGUACACAACAGCGGCCUCUGCGCCUUUGGCUGGCGAGCGAGAUAA